AUGGCACCAGCGGCACAAAAGCGAACUCGGGUGGAGGGAACGAUAGUGAAGCAUGCGCCGAUCAGACUGGUUGGAAAGGCGUCGCAGGACUGUUUCUAUGUGUCCAGCAAAAUGGCCUUUGUGUCUGCUCUCAAGAAGGUGACCAAGCUGCUAAAACCCAGUCGCAAGCAGCCCAGGCGCCAGUACAUUCGAAUGAUGGGCAUGGGAAAGUGCGUGGACAAGACCAUCAGCCUGGGGCUGCGCUUUCAGAAAGAGGGAUACAAGGUGGAUAUCUUCACGGGCCAAACGACUCUGUUUGAUGAGAUCAAGGUGGCUCACGAGACGUCAGAGAAGAUGGAGGUGGAUGGAGACGACGAGUCGGACAGCGAUGAGGAGAUUGUCAAACAACAGCGGAUAAUCAGUACCAUUGAGGUGCGCGUAUAUCAAAGGGAUCAGUGA